AUGUCGUCGAAGAAGAACAGUUCCACGCAUCCAGCUGUGAAUUUGGUUGCAGGUGGUACAGCAGGAUUGUUUGAGGCGCUAUGUUGUCAUCCGUUGGAUACGAUUAAAGUGCGUAUGCAGAUUUAUCGGCGGACCACGCAUGAGGGCCAGAGCAGUCCUGGGUUCCUGAGGACAGGGUCGAGCAUCUACAAGCAGGAAGGGUUUCUGAGUCUUUACAAGGGUUUGGGGGCGGUGGUGAUUGGGAUUAUUCCGAAGAUGGCGAUCCGGUUUUCGUCGUAUGGGUUUUACAGGAGUGUUUUGGCGGAUCCCAAUACGGGGGUUGUGUCCACGGGGAACACGUUUAUUGCGGGUGUUGGAGCAGGUAUCACGGAGGCGGUGAUGGUGGUGAAUCCUAUGGAAGUGGUGAAGAUCCGUUUGCAAGCACAGCAUCUCAAUCCGUCGACAGGGGCAGAUGGUAAGGAGGUUGUCAAGUACAGGAAUGCUUUGCAGGCUGCAUAUGUAAUUGUCAAGGAAGAGGGGAUAGGGGCUUUAUACAGGGGAGUAUCCUUAACUGCGGCUAGACAGGCCACCAACCAAGGUGCGAACUUUACGGUUUAUUCUAAGUUGAGGGAGUUCUUGCAGAGCUACCAUGGGUCUGAAACACUCCCCUCCUGGGAAACGUCGUUAAUUGGAUUGGUAUCUGGAGCCAUCGGCCCUUUUUCCAAUGCUCCUCUUGAUACAAUUAAAACCAGGUUGCAAAAGGAUAAGUCGACCAAAAACCUGUCCAAUUGGGUGCGUAUUACAACUAUUGGCAGACAAUUGAUCCAUGAAGAAGGUUUCAGGGCUUUAUAUAAGGGAAUCACACCGAGAGUAAUGCGGGUGGCUCCUGGCCAGGCUGUCACAUUUACUGUCUAUGAGUUUGUGCGUAAACACCUCGAAAGCCUUGGUGUCUUCCCCUCCUCAAACAAGCCCCAGCCUAAACCAUUGAAGUAG